AUGGCAUCAGAAGAUGGCACCAGCUUUAUAGAGCCCGCAUCAGAAGGCUCACUUGACGAUGAAGAGGAGGAUGGCUUCGGAGCAACAUCAGACUAUGACCCGACCAUCGAUGCGGAGUCAAUGAUGUCCAUAUCAACGUCCAUCUACAGACAUUCCUACGAACAUGGCAGACGAUAUCACAUGUAUCGAUACGGUACAUACCCUAUACCAAACGACGAAAAUGAAGGUGACAGGGAAGGACUCAAGCAUGUUAUGCUGAAGGAAUUACUGAAAGGCAAACUAAUACUGGCCCCUAUCACCGAUGAUCCACAGAAGAUUUUUGAUCUCGGUACUGGUUUUGGCGAAUGGGCUAUCGAAGUGGCGGAUUUAUACCCUAGUGCAGAGGUGGUUGGUCUCGAUCUGUCCCCCGUACAACCGCAAUUUGUCCCCCCGAAUUGUCGGUUCAUCGUCGACGACAUAGAAGGGGAAGAAUGGGCUUAUGGGAGGGAUAUAGACUACGCCCACAUUCGCUUCACAGCGCCCAUGUUGAAAGAUGCCUUCGGCGUAGCUCGCACAAUGCUCAGAAAUCUCAAGCCAGGCGGCUGGCUCGAGUGGCAAGAGAUCAACCCGCGCGUGGUGUGCGACGACGGCACCGUGUCGGACGACUACCCGCUGAACAAGUUCUACGAGAUCCUCAAGGGCAUCUGGGACGGCUACGGCUUCGACAUGUUCGUGCCCGAGCGGCUCAAGGCCGAGAUGGAGGCCAUGGGCUACGUCAACGUCCACCAGCGCGUCUUCCACGUGCCCCUGGGCGCCUGGCCGCGCGACAAGCGCCUGCGCCUCGUCGGCAUGUACCUGCGCGAGUGCCUCGUCCAGCUGCUGCCCGCCAUGGGCGCCAAGCCCUUCCGCGAGGCCGGCGUGCCCCACGAGGAGGCCGAGCGGCUGUUCGCCGACAUCAGGGCCGCCUUCAUGGACCGCCGCAUCCAUGCGCGGCUGCAGUUCUACUUCGUAUAUGGCCAAAAACCAAUCAUAUGA